CUCCCGUCUCUGCUCUUCUCGUUACAACGCUCUCACACCAUCCAACACAUGCCUGAAGCUGGAGAAGGCUCGAAUCCAGUGCCUCCACUCGUCAAUGAUGAUGGACGGGUGCGUUUCCUGCGUGCAUGCGAUCGUUGUCGAGUUCGCAAGAUCAAAUGCGGGAAUGAGAAUCCCUGCGCAAAUACUGAACUCUGAGAACACGGCCCACUUUUACAUGUCUUCCCACGGCCUCUCACAUCAUGCUGGCUCAACAUCGGGUUUACCUCUUCUUGAGGCGACACGGCGUCUGAUGCCCGAGCCGGCCGCCCCAGCAAUCGGCAGCAGCGAGCCAGACUGGAAUUGGCUGCAGGACCUUUUGCAGGAAGGCUCACCAACAGAGCCAUCACGAAACCGCACUGGAGGAACAGACGAUAUGGAGUACUUUCCCGGGCGGGGGCUGGCCCCUAACACGUCGGAUGACCAGUUGCUGAGGACUGUGUCUGAGAUCAUUCCACCAGACCUCAUGAGCGAGUUGCUGCGUGUCUUUUUCACGACCGUUCAUCCAGUCUGGCCAAUCCUCCACGUUCCCUCGUUCUUCAAUGACCUCUACAGCUGGGAUAGCCACUCCUUCGCCGCCUUGGUAGUAUCCAUGUGCAUGCUGGCCUCGCGUUACGUUGACGAUCCAAGAGUGCGCAAGGAUCCAGACAAUCCCGCCACUGCUGGUUUGGGGUACUGUGACCUGUUUAGUCGGUUGAUCGAUUACGCCAUCCACAGCGACAACGUGAUUUACGCUAUACAGAGCCGAUUCUUUGGGUCAAUUUUCCAUUCAGUCGAUAACGUCCCUCAUCCCGUCGCCCAAGGUCUUGUGGCAGACGCGCUCUCCCGGUCUCUUGACGGCGGAUUGCACCGAUCUGUGUCGCCAUCAGCGCUGAGCAGCUCAACCUUGCGGGAGAUCCGAGCACGCACAGCAUGGGCAGUGUACGCCUGGGACCAACAGAUUGCGGCGUUUUGUGGGCGGCCCGCAGGAAGCACAUUGUGGGACUAUGAUGUGCGCCUGCCUGAGCCGUUCGAUGACGGUGGGUCGGAGCAGUCGCUGGAGAACGACGCGAGCCACGUCACAACGUUUUGUCAGUUGAUCCAGCUGUCCGCGCUGCUUGAAGCGACAUUCCUGGCCUCAGUCCAACACCCAGUCGUCCCCAACUCAACAUUCCUCACCGACCUCUCGCGUCAGCUGCGGCCGGACCUGGACGACUCGUACAAGCUUGAUAAGGUCAAGGCCAACCUGAGAAAGUGGCGGAGGCCCAGUACUGCUCCGGUUCAGCUUCGGGAAGCUACGCCCAAGAAGCGAGCUUCGCAGCCUGACUAUUCUGUGGCCACGGAGCAGAUCGCUGCACUCGACCACAUGAUUCAGCUGAUGGUAUUCUCGCGCCACCUGCAACUGGAAACACUGAGUGCCGAGCCCGCCAAGGACAAGCUCGAGUCGUACCGCGGCACCAUUCUCCGUCAAGCGCGUGACAUGACGACCAUUGUCGUUCAGCUCGGCGCUUCCAAUCACUUGGCGAAGUGCGACAUCAUGGUGGCCUAUCGACUGCUUUUUACCGGCCGCCUGCUCUUGGCGUGCAUCCUGUCGGCUCGUUCGGACGCCAACAACGCUCAAGUCGAGGAAGCGACCAAAAUCCUUCACGCCACCUCUGUCGUUCUACGGCACUUUGUCUCAGUGUUUCCAGUCGCGCUUGGCGCCGCUGAGGUGCUGGACGAGACUAUCCGGGUGUGUCGCGUGCCUACACCGCAAACGGCUUCACGCGGCAACCAGCCAUCCAGCAAUCGCUACGCUUGGUAUCGGCCAAUUGUCCAUCACGAUAGCAAAGCCGCACCAUUACCGUCCGCUCACCCGAACGCUCAAGUGGACACGUCUUGCGAGGACGCAUCUGAUUUGGCACCGCCAGACAUGGGACUUGGUGACACACUAUCGAUGAAUUACCUCUCGCCCUUCGACGUCUCGUUCGCCUUUGGUGGCAACAUGCCCAUGCCAACUUCGGACCAGGUAGACGGGGCCAACGGCGGCGACACUGAUUUUCUGUGGCUACUUCCGGGCGGCGAAGGUAACUUGCCAUACUACUUCCCCCCAUCGGCUUAGCGCGUUAGUUUUCCGUGGAGCAUGCACCUUGGUUGAUUGGACA